AUGUACCCGCCGUCACCGAAGCAGGACUUCUUCGCAGUGACUCUGAAUUUAGGGGAGCGGUCCCUGGGCGGCGGUGAUAGCGGCGGGAGCAAGUACUGGAGGCGGCGGCGCCUCUGCUGGAGGAAAUGGAAACAGUUGUCACGAUUACAACGGAAUAUAAUUCUUUUCUUCUUUGCCUUUCUCGCUGUCUGUGGACUCAUUUCCUACAUCAAUAUGGCUAACCAUGGGAGAGCCUUCAUCAGCAGAUCAUCAGAAGACAAGAAGAUAGAACUUGAAAUUCCUGAACUAAAUCCAGCUGUUUUAGCAGCUCCUCAGAAAGCAGAUGCUAUUCAGGGUGACUUUCCUGAGAUUUUGCCUCAGAAAAACCGGAAUCCUCGAAGAGGGAGGCUUGGGAAUCUACAAAUCAAACCUCCACCGGAAGAGCCAAAGGAUAGGCUGUAUGAUGAUACCAAGAGGUGGGAGGAUGAACACGGCCAGGCCAGCAAAAGAAACAAAUCUGAGAAGACUAUUAUUAGCUGGAGAGGUGCAUUGAUUGAGCCUGACCAGGGUACAGAAACACCUUCCAAUAAAAUGCAAGAGCCAGGUCAGAAGUCUUCAACAGUGGAACUUAAAGGCCAGAAGAAACCAGUUCUCAUCAAUGAAAGGCAAGAGGCUGUGAUAGAAGCAUUUCGCCAUGCAUGGAAAGGAUACAAAAAGUUUGCCUGGGGACAUGACGAGCUAAAGCCAUUGACACAUUCAUUCAAUGAGUGGUUUGGACUUGGUCUGACACUAAUUGAUGCCCUGGACACCAUGUUGAUUUUGGGUUUAAAAGAAGAAUUUGAAGAAGCCAAGGCAUGGGUGAAGACGGAAUUGAAUUUUGGAAAAAAUGUGGAUGUAAAUCUAUUUGAGAGUACUAUCCGAAUCUUGGGUGGACUUCUGAGUACCUACCAUUUAUCUGGAGAUAGUCUUUUUCUGGAAAAGGCAAUAGAUAUUGGAAAUCGGCUAAUGCCAGCAUUCAACACUCCCUCCAGGAUUCCAUACUCUGAUGUAAAUAUUGGCAGUGGUGUUGCCCAUCCUCCUCGGUGGACAUCUGACAGCACUGUGGCAGAGGUGACAAGUAUUCAGCUGGAGUUCAGAGAGCUCUCUCGGCUCACUGGAGAUAAGAGAUUCCAGACAGCUGUGGAUAAAGUUAUGAAACACGUUCAUUCCCUAUCAGGGAAGAAUGAUGGCCUGGUUCCCAUGUUUAUCAAUACCAACAGUGGCCUCUUUACUCAUCUGGGAGUCUAUACCCUUGGUGCCCGAGCUGACAGCUACUAUGAAUAUUUGCUGAAGCAAUGGAUCCAGGGAGGAAAGAAAGAAAACGAAUUGCUGGAAGAGUAUAUUAAUGCCAUAGAAGGGGUCAAAAGACACCUACUUCGGAAAUCUGAGCCCAGCAAGCUGACUUUUGUGGGCGAACUUGCUCAUGGCCGCUUCAGGGCCAAGAUGGAUCACCUGGUAUGCUUCUUGCCUGGUACACUGGCUCUUGGAGCUCAUACUGGAUUAACAGCUGAACAUAUGGAACUGGCCAAAGCUCUCAUAGAAACUUGUUACCAGAUGUAUCAUCAGAUAGAAACUGGCCUGAGCCCAGAGAUUGUGUACUUCAAUAUUCAUCCCCAGGAAGGCCAUAAAGAUGUAGAGGUCAAGUUUUCAGAUAGGCACAAUCUGCUGCGACCUGAGACAAUAGAGAGCCUCUUCUAUCUAUAUCGAUUUACUGGUGACAAGAAAUACCAGGACUGGGGCUGGGAGAUUUUACAGAACUUCAACAAAUAUACAAGGGUCCCUACAGGUGGUUAUUCUUCAAUCAAUAAUGUUCAGAAUCCUGGCAACCCACAGCCAAGAGAUAAAAUGGAAAGCUUCUUUCUAGGAGAAACCCUGAAGUAUUUUUUUCUGCUCUUUUCUGAUGAUAUGGACCUCAUCAACCUUGACCAAUAUGUAUUUAAUACAGAGGCUCAUCCUCUUCCCAUCUGGGCCCCAGCUUAACAGAAAGCCAGGAGAAGCAGACCCUGGUGGAGGGGGUAUAACUUCUCCUAGGUGUGGGGCCUUUCCCAGGUGAACAGAGCUUGUACACAGCACAAUUUUCAGGCCUUCCUGGAGGACCAAAUGUGGGAAAGCCUUUCUCCACUUUGGAGAAAUCAGCCAUUCUUAGAAAUCCAGCCAUGAAGUGUGUGCUGGGAGCCAGAUGAAAAUCCGACUCAGGGCCCAAGUAAUGGGAGGUGGGAGGCCUGGUCCAGAGGGACCACCAGGGCCUGAGCCACCUUAUGCCAUUUCCCUUAGGAGUCCCUGAUAUAGGGGGUUCUGUACACUGGCUUUAGGGGCUUCUCUUCUUUCCCCUCAGGUUUUCAGAUUAUAGAUUCAGCUAAAAUAAGAAAGAAUGUCAGCAACGUCUAGUUUUAGGAUAAGGCUGUAGUCUUGAUUUAGAGAUGGAAUAAUCAAGAAGUCAUUCCACUUUCAUCAGAUGAUUGCAGUGUGCUCAGCAGUAGUUCCAGGCACUCUGAUCUCAUUUCACCGAGACACAACAAUGUGGUCAUUUGAAAAGGGAAAUGGCUUAGGAAGCAUUUCUAGUAUCAUUGUUCAGAAAGCACUGUGAAUGUAUCGGUGAAGGGCCUGGGGUUCCUCGUAGAAAGUUAAGUAUGGAUAUUGCUGCUGGUUUGGUUCCGUGGUAUAUAAUUUUAAAGCUGUGUACUUUUUUUUUUUUUUUGAAAGACUCAAUGUGAAACAAAAUAAAAAAUUGCUCAUACAUUUGUAUUUGUAUCAGUUAGACUCAGGUAUUCUGACCGGAAAGGCUGCUUUGUGGUGCUGAGCUAGGAGGGCGUAGUUAGUCUAACUCAGCCUUGUUUUUCUUUCCUUUCUCCCUUUGCCAUAUCCCCUCAUUGGGCUAUACCAGGCUUAAUCCAUGCCAGUGUAGAUUCCUAUAACCUUUAAUGUCUUACUCAUUUGUAUUGAAAGGGUUUUCUGUUUGCUUGGGUUCCUUUAAUAACUGCUUGUGUAAAUGAGGUAAAGGACAUUUCCUCUCUAAAGGACACUUUCUCUUUUGGUUCGACUCAUUGAAAUGUUUCUGGAUGACAUAAUUUAACCAUGGGAUCCUCAGAUGAGCUUGCUAGAUUAUUCUUUUCCCCGAAAUGUGCGUAAGUUUAGUAGGAAUUGGGACUGACACAGAAGUGAGAAAAUAUCACAGUCAGAGCUCUAGAAUGGAGUCUCAUGGUAGCCAGUGUCUUGUGAACCAAAAAGCUUUUAGUUUCUUGGCAGUCAUUAGAGACCUACCAGGUCUUCCUUUUGGAAAGAGAAGCCCCUUAGUCUGCCCCAAAAAAUUAAGUGCAAAUAGAUUUUGUACAAGUUGAGAAAUAGCUUGGAGCAUCUGAUAUUUAUUUGUUGCUUAGCGGGCGUGAUCUUUCUUCCCUAGUUGGAUGAAAAUGUUCAACUGUGUGGACCAUAUGUAAUUUUUGACAACACUGUAUCAUUCCUUGUAGAGAUAGCUCAUGUGUAAAGUCAUCUCUGUGGUAAAUAGGAUUUAUUUGAACACAUAAAGUCUGCAAUGCUUGAAGCUGGGGAUACCUUGCCAUGACCAGAUAAUGUGUGGUCUCUAGUUUUUAAAAGUUUAGGUAGAAGGAUGUACAUUUAUGGAUGGUGGCUCACAAAUAGGUAGGCCCAUGGAGUGAUGUGAAUUUUCCCAUGAGGUGUGGAGGCUGGACCAUGGAAGCCAUUUAUGAUCAAGUUAUAUUUGUCUGGUUUAUGUCUAUGUUGGGGGGACUUUGUACACUGUGAAAAAAAAAAAGAUGCCAAGUGCUAUUAGAAUGUGGGGGGUUAGAUGAGUAGUAUCUUUUCCUUUUCUUUACAUAAAUUUUCUCUAACUCUGUCCCAUCAGCACCACUGUUUCCUGGAACAAUGCUUACUUGAGUUGAUUUUUCUUUUGUGUUGGAAGGGGAAGGGGGAGAUGGGAUGGAGAAGAGAAACUGUGUACCCAAAUGCUGGCAGAACUAUUGCUGAUCUUCCUUGGUUCAUUGCACUCACCCUUUCUUUGGAUGACUCCUCAAAAAUGAGCCUGAACUGAACCAGAUUAGCAUACCUCUGAUUUUACGAUUUUGUUUCAUUUAGUGUUUCACGUUGGGGAGGAAAUUAGUAAGAGGCACAUGCUUGCUAUUUUUAUGUAAAUUUUAAGAAAAUUCAUUUCCACAGAUUCAAUCAACAAAGCCCAUCCUAAUUUAUUCUGCCAAAAUUGUUCCCUAAGGAUCAUUCAGGUAGGAGACAGUAUGGUGAAGAAAGAACACUGAAAAUCUGAUUGAGUCUGGAGAGAUGAGCUCUAGCCUCAGGUCUGCCAGUAUCUGUUUGACCUGGAGCAAGGCACAUUGUCUCUGGCUCUGAGUGAAGGGAAUUGAACUUAGAUAAAUUCUUUGGUCCCUUCUGUCUGUAAAACUAAAUGGCCGGAUGGCAUCCUGAUCUCUGGUGCCUGAGCUCAUAUUCAACCAAAGGGAGAGAAUGUGCCCUGAUGUCCUCAAGGUGGGAGGACAUUGCUAAAAGUGAAUUUUAGCCACAGAAUGUAAAAAACAUUGAACUUCUUAGAAACAGAACACCUGGGACUAGGACCCAGGGCUCCUUACUCCCAGGCCAAUGUACUCUAUUACACUUUGUCAUACAGAACUUAAUGUGCAGAAGAAGCGCUAGGUCCUGUGGGGGGAAAGGGAGAAUUUUAUUCCAUGUUCUGAAUCACCAAAUAAUGGAAUUCUAUAUUAUACAUUUUAUUAAACUUAUAACUUAUUUUAA